AUGAAUUCACCACAAGAACUCUCCAUUCUCUUGUAUAUCAUCAUCAUAAUCAUCUGCUUAGACUAUGUCUCUGCUCAAUCUCCUCCUCCUCCUCCUUCUCUUGAUCCGUACGCAACAAGCGACCUCUUCAAGCCUAGCUUAGCCAUCAUCACCGGAGUUUUCUCCAUCGUCUUUACUCUCACCUUUGUUCUCCUCGUCUAUGCCAAAUGCUUCUACAACGAUCUCCGAUCAGAGGCAGACGGUGACGUAGAGAGAAGACGACAUGAACGUCUCUGGCAAGGGCUUUUCAAUCGUUCCUCUCGAUUCUCUGGUCUCGACAAGACGGCAAUCGAGUCUCUUCCCUUUUUCAGGUUCUCUGCUUUGAAAGGGUUAAAACAAGGGCUCGAGUGUUCUGUUUGUUUGUCUAAAUUCGAAGAUGUUGAGAUUCUUAGGCUUUUGCCUAAAUGCAGACACGCUUUCCACAUUGGGUGUAUUGACCAGUGGCUUGAGCAGCACGCCACGUGUCCUUUGUGUAGAAACAGAGUCGAUAUUGAAGACGACCUCUCUGUUUUGGGAAAUAGCAACAAUAGUCUUAGGAUCGUGAACCAGUCUCAGACAAGAGAAGAAGACUCGGGAUUGGAGAUUUACAUCGAACGCGAAGAAAGGAAUAGUGACGGGUCUUCGAGACUCAGCAGUUUCCGGAACAUUCUAAAGAAAUCGUUGUUUCUUGAGAGACAAGCAAACGAGGGCAUCGAGGAGAAGAAAGUUAUGCACAAGUUCAAUCACAGGAUCGUCGUUUCAGACGUCGUGUUUAAGAACCGUUGGAGUAAUGUAACUUCAUCGGAUUUGACGUUUUUGAGUGCUGAAAUGCUGAAUUCAAUGUCAAGCGAGAGAUUCACGUCGAUGGAUCGAGUGCAAAGAGGUAACGUCCGGGACAAGGAAGAUACAGAAAUGAAGAGAAUGUGGAAGAACAAAGACUCAUCUAGAAGAACGGUGUCUGAGAUCACGACUGUUACUAGAGAAAACGUGGUUGGAGGAAGCUGCAGCUGUUCAACAGCUGCUACAGCGUCUACGUCGCAGAGUUACCCUGCGACGACGGAGGAAAGAAGACGGCGGUUGUGGUUGCCGAUUGCUAGAAGAACGGCUCAGUGGUUUGUUAGCAGAGAGAAAGGGAAUGAACUAAACACGACUCGCCAAAAUCUUAAUGUAUAGGUUUUCCCCGUUUGACAAGUUUGAUGAAUUACUAAAACUAGAAUCAGUUUUGGAUUUAGGGUUGACUUUAUGUAUAAACUCGUAAUGGUUCCAGAUAUAAUUUCACUA